AUGAGUCCCUGUCAUGAUAAGAAGAGAAACCCCUGGGGGGAAGGUGGGGGGAGGGUGGGGGGAGGAGAGAGAGGAUGGGGAGAGGAUGGAGAGAGGAUGGAGAGAGGACGGAGAGAGGACGGAGAGAGGAUGGAGAGAGGAUGGAGAGAGGACGGAGAGAGGACGGAGAGAGGACGGAGAGAGGACGGAGAGAGGACGGAGAGAGGACGGAGAGAGGACGGAGAGAGGACGGAGAGAGGAUGGAGAGAGGACGGAGAGAGGACGGAGAGAGGACGGAGAGAGGAUGGAGAGAGGACGGAGAGAGGACGGAGAGAGGACGGAGAGAGGACGGAGAGAGGAUGGAGAGUGGAUGGAGAGGAUGGAGAGAGGAUGGAGAGAGGAUGGAGAGAGGAUGGAGAGAGGAUGGAGAGAGGAUGGAGAGAGGAUGGAGAGAGGAUGGAGAGAGGACGGAGAGAGGACGGAGAGAGGACGGAGAGAGGACGGAGAGAGGACGGAGAGAGGACGGAGAGAGGAUGGAGAGAGGAGAGAGGACGGAGAGAGGACGGAGAGAGGACGGAGAGAGGACGGAGAGAGGACGGAGAGAGGAUGGAGAGAGGAUGGAGAGAGGCUGGAGAGAGGAUGGAGAGAGGAUGGAGAGAGGCUCGGGGGAGGCUGGAGAGAGGAUGGAGAGAGGAUGGAGAGUGGAUGGAGAGGAUGGAGAGAGGAUGGGGAGAGGAUGGAGAGAGGAUGGAGAGAGGAUGGAGAGAGGAUGGAGAGGAUGGAGAGAGGAUGGGGAGAGGAUGGAGAGAGGAUGGGGAGAGGAUGGAGAGAGGAUGGAGAGAGGAUGGAGAGAGGAUGGAGAGAGGAUGGAGAGAGGAUGGAGAGAGGAUGGAGAGAGGAUGGAGAGAGGAUGGAGAGAGGAUGGAGAGAGGAUGGAGAGGAUGGAGAGAGGAUGGAGAGGAUGGAGAGAGGAUGGGGAGAGGAUGGAGAGUGGAUGGAGAGAGGAUGGAGAGAGGAUGGAGAGAGGAUGGAGAGAGGAUGGAGAGUGGAUGGAGAGGAUGGAGAGAGGAUGGGGAGAGGAUGGAGAGAGGAUGGAGAGAGGAUGGAGAGAGGAUGGAGAGGAUGGAGAGAGGAUGGGGAGAGGAUGGAGAGAGGAUGGGGAGAGGAUGGAGAGAGGAUGGAGAGGAUGGAGAGAGGAUGGGGAGAGGAUGGAGAGAGGAUGGGGAGAGGAUGGAGAGGAUGGAGAGAGGAUGGAGAGAGGAUGGAGAGAGGAUGGAGAGAGGAUGGAGAGAGGAUGGAGAGGAUGGAGAGAGGAUGGAGAGAGGAUGGAGAGAGGAUGGAGAGAGGAUGGAGAGAGGAUGGAGAGAGGAUGGAGAGAGGAUGGAGAGAGGAUGGAGAGAGGAUGGAGAGAGGAUGGAGAGAGGAUGGAGAGGAUGGAGAGAGGAUGGAGAGAGGAUGGAGAGAGGAUGGAGGAUGAGAGGAUGGAGAGUGGAUGGAGAGGAUGGAGAGUGGAUGGAGAGGAUGGAGAGAGGAUGGGGAGAGGAUGGAGAGAGGAUGGAGAGGAUGGAGAGAGGAUGGAGAGAGGAUGGAGAGAGGAUGGAGAGAGGAUGGAGAGAGGAUGGAGAGAGGAUGGAGAGGAUGGAGAGAGGAUGGGGAGAGGAUGGAGAGAGGAUGGAGAGAGGAUGGAGAGAGGAUGGAGAGAGGAUGGAGAGAGGAUGGAGAGGAUGGAGAGAGGAUGGGGAGAGGAUGGAGAGAGGAUGGGGAGAGGAUGGAGAGAGGAUGGAGAGGAUGGAGAGAGGAUGGAGAGAGGAUGGAGAGAGGAUGGAGAGAGGAUGGAGAGAGGAUGGAGAGAGGAUGGAGAGAGGAUGGAGAGGAUGGAGAGAGGAUGGGGAGAGGAUGGAGAGAGGAUGGGGAGAGGAUGGAGAGAGGAUGGAGAGGAUGGAGAGAGGAUGGAGAGAGGAUGGAGAGAGGAUGGAGAGAGGAUGGAGAGAGGAUGGAGAGAGGAUGGAGAGAGGAUGGAGAGAGGAUGGAGAGGAUGGAGAGAGGAUGGAGAGAGGAUGGAGAGGAUGGAGAGAGGAUGGAGAGUGGAUGGAGAGACGAUGGAGAGAGGAUGGAGAGGAUGGAGAGAGGAUGGAGAGAGGAUGGAGAGGAUGGAGAGAGGAUGGAGAGAGGAUGGAGAGGAUGGAGAGAGGAUGGAGAGAGGAUGGAGAGGAUGGAGAGAGGAUGGAGAGAGGAUGGAGAGGAUGGAGAGAGGAUGGAGAGAGGAUGGAGAGAGGAUGGAGAGGAUGGAGAGAGGAUGGAGAGAGGACGGAGAGAGGAUGGAGAGAGGAUGGAGAGGAUGGAGAGAGGAUGGAGAGGAUGGAGAGGAUGGAGAGAGGAUGGAGAGAGGAUGGAGAGGAUGGAGAGAGGAUGGAGAGAGGAUGGAGAGAGGAUGGAGAGAGGAUGGAGAGAGGAUGGAGAGGAUGGAGAGGAUGGAGAGAGGAUGGAGAGAGGCUCGGGGGAGGCUGGGAGGAGGCAGGGGAACACUUACCCAGAAACACCUUCUCCUUGCCCACAGAGUAG